AGCCCUUCACGUAAAAUGACGCAGGGCGGGGGCGUGCCCGCGAUGCGCGCUGCACAGGGCUGCUUGUUGUUCCCGCAGAGAGGCGAGAAGAUGGCGGCCGUGUCUAGCGGAGGUGCUGCUGGGUCCGCUGCGGCCGCAAUUGCGCACCCUGGCCGACCGACCCACGCAGGAAUGGGCUCCCAGAACCGGGCCCCGCCGUCCUCCGGGAUCAACCCCAACGGUCGUACCAGCACGGCCGGCGGGUGCAUCACUAAUCCCGGGCACACUUCGGCCGCCAGGCCCCCUCCAGCCCGAGUGGGCCACUACGAAAUCGAGCGGACCAUCGGCAAGGGAAAUUUCGCGGUUGUUAAACUGGCCACGCACAUCAUCACCAAGGCAAAGGUGGCGAUCAAAAUAGUGGACAAGACCCAGCUGGACGACGAGAACCUGAAAAAGAUCUUCAGAGAGGUGCAGAUCAUGAAGUUGCUGAAGCAUCCCCACAUCAUCCGCCUCUACCAGGUGAUGGAGACAGAGAAGAUGAUCUAUCUGGUCACCGAGUACGCCAGUGGUGGAGAGAUAUUCGACCACCUGGUGGCCCACGGGCGCAUGGCGGAGAAGGACGCCAGGAAGAAGUUCAAGCAGAUCGUGGCGGCGGUCCACUUCUGCCACUGCCGCAGCAUCGUCCACAGGGACCUGAAGGCAGAGAAUCUGCUGCUGGACCACAACCUGAACAUUAAAAUCGCAGAUUUUGGCUUCAGCAACAUGUUUUCUCGAGGCCAGCUGCUGAAGACGUGGUGCGGCAGCCCUCCUUAUGCUGCUCCGGAGCUUUUCGAGGGCAAAGAGUACGACGGACCCAAAGUAGACAUAUGGAGCCUCGGCGUGGUGCUAUACGUGCUGGUGUGUGGCGCCUUACCCUUCGACGGCAGCACUCUGCAAAACCUGCGAGCGCGCGUCCUCAGUGGAAAGUUCCGCAUCCCUUUCUUCAUGUCCACAGACUGUGAGUACUUAAUCAGACACAUGUUAGUUCUGGAGCCCAGCAGACGGUUGAGUAUGGAGCAGAUCUGCAAGAACAAGUGGAUGAGACAAGGAGACCCAGACCCAGACUUUGACAGGUUGAUAGCGGAGUGUGAGCAGGUGAAGACGGAGCGAGAGAUCGAGCUCAUCAACGAGCAGGUGCUGAUGACCAUGUCUGAGAUGGAGCUGGACCGAGAACGCACAAUUCAGUCCCUGCAAACGGACGCAUACGAUCACUACAGCGCCAUCUACAGUCUGCUCGCCGAACGCCUCAAGAAACACAAGACGUUGCGCGUGGCACCGCCUCCGCCCCGCUCCAUCAGCUACCCUCUCAACGCCGUUCAGCAGACAGACCAACAAGGUAAUCCCGUUAGCAUGACCGUGCCCCAUGUCCAGCUCAUCAACCCAGAGAACCAAAUCGUAGAGCCUGAUGGCAACAUGGCCCUGGACAGCGACGAAGGGGAGGAGCCGUCUCCGGAGGCCAUGGCUCGCUACCUUUCGAUGAGGCGGCACACUGUGGGGGUACCAGACCAAAGGACGGAGAUGCAGGAGGAACUCCAAAAGCUUCCACCGGGUUUCCCUCGCGGCGUAAUCCCCCAGCCCCCCUUCCCCCAACUCGCCCCCACCAUGGCCCAAAUGCACACGCUCAUGCCCACACAGAGCCUGCAGCCUACACAGCAGCUGGAGUACAAGGAGCAAUCGCUGCUGCAGCCGCCUACCCUGCAGCUGCUCAACGGCAUGGGCCCCCUGGGUCGAAGAGCUUCCGACGGAGGGGCCAACAUCCAGCUACACGCUCAGCUCCUGAAGAGGCCUCGAGGGCCCUCGCCGCUGGUCGCCAGCCCGCAUCCCAAUACCGCUGUAGCUCCAGUGGACGAGGAGGGGUCAGACGGAGAGCCGGACCAGGAGGCAGUGCAGAGGUACCUGGCGAACCGCUCCAAGCGGCACACGACGCACGUGCUCCCAAGCACAUCGCAUGGCGAGCCCUCGACAGAGUCACAGCGGCCCCAGGGCCCCCGCCAGAGGGGCGGCUGGGUGCCUGACACAUACGCCCGAUCCACCUAUAAGGACUGUAACACCCUGCAUCUCCCCAUGGAGCGCUUCUCUCCUGUCAGACGCUUCUCUGACGGCGCCGCUUCCAUCCAGGCCUUCAAGGCUCAUCUGGAGAACAGCAGCCUCAUUAAGCAGCUCAAGCAGGAGUGCGAGCAGCUCCAGAAGAAGUAUGCUGCCCAGCAGGAUGAACGCUUCCUGGAGCACACCCAGCAGCAGCACAUCCUCUACCAGCAAGAGCAACAAAUCCUUCACCAGCAAAUCCAGGCUCUGUCUUUAGGCCACGGAGAGAUCCAGCCCAGCCACUUAACCCACGAGCUCCAGAGGUUGCAUAUCCAGCCCUCCAGCCCUCCGCCAACACAUCCCAGCAACCACCUCUUCAGACAGCCCAAUCAGAGUCCUCCGCCUGGCUCUGCAGGCCUGAUGCAAGGGCACGGGGGCCAGUCGUCGGUGCAGUACCAACACGGCGCUCCAGCAAUGUACCAGGGCCAGAGUGGCAGCCCGCCCCCCACAGGCAUGCCUCGGGUCGCUCUCUCAGCCAAUCCCCAGGCAGCACCUGGCCGCCCUGCCGUCCCCCUGGCACCGGGCGUACCGCAGCAACAGCAGGUGACCAUCCAGGUGCAGGACGUGGAGCUGGGAGGCGGGGCACAGAGACCGGGCAGCUUCCUGUCCACGCCGGGCGGGCACAGAGUCCUCGGGAAGCAGCUCAGCGCCGACAACGCCGAGACGCACAGCCGCAGCCUUGGCCGUUUCACCUCUGCCUACGACCAGGCCCAUUUCAAUCCCCACCUCUUCUCCGGCAACGCUGCCUCCCGGGGGGCCUCCGGAGUCGUUGGCUCCUACAACCCCUACCUGCAGGCCGCCUCCCUUAAAGUCCCCGGCCUGGACGGCUACCAGGGCGGGGCUGUAGGGACCAGCAGCUAUGGGACCCCCUCCACACUACAGCAGGCCCUGCUCUCCCCAACACCUUUGGACUACUGCCCCCCGCAGCAGCACGUCACCCCCACCCUGCAGGGACUCCUGUCUCCUCGGCACUCUCUAACCGGCCACGCGGACCCCAGGUUGCCCCCCCAGGACUUGGCCGCCCUGCUGAAGAGACAGAGCCCCCGGCAGUGUCCGGCGCCGCAAACCCCGCCCAGCGGCGCGGCGCAGGAGUUUAGCGAAAUGCUACUUCUCCGCCAGAUGAGCCAGGGUGACACCCUGGACCCCCCUGGUCCCCAGCCUGCCUCCGGGGGUCAACACUACCACCAUCUCCUCCAAAUACAACCCCCAGAGGUUCAGCAGCAGCAGCACGUGUCCCAGGCGCCGUGUCCCGGCCUACCGCACUCUGAGAGCAUGGAAGAGGACGAGGCCCCCGCUGGAUACCACCACCCACACGAAGGCCUGCUUACUAAGGCGGGGGAAGCACAUGAGCUCCUGGGGCCUCCGCGUGGCGGUACCCCGCCUUACAGCUCCCCCACACACAGGCACGGUGCUUACAUGAGGAGUCCUCCUGCUUCAAGAGAAUCUGAGCACGCAGAAUGCCGACCCCAGGGACAGGCCAUGGAGGUGCCCGAUCACAAUGGGCUGAACUAUCAGCGAGGCCCCCAGAGUGAGGUGUACAGGUCAAGAGGGCAGCUACAGCGUCACCACACCAUUCAGACCUGCGAUGAUGCCUACGACCAGGCAGAUCCCAUGUCGGGUAUGAGCCUCUUGGCGGGAAAGGCGCUCAGCUCGGCUCGCAUGUCGGACAUCCUCAGCCAGACGUCCCUGACCGGAAGCCAGCAGCUGCACCAGCGAGAGGAGUCAGUUUGUGACGUAGAAGGGGAGCUCCACGCGGCAGCCUGUUACCCCUCGUCCUGCACCAGUGACAUGCUCCUCAGCUACAAACCCCCUGAUCUGCAGUACAGCAUGGAGCAGGCUGGGGUCUAGCACAGGAAGCGGUGAAUCCUGCGUGCGUCGUCCAUAUCAGCCACCCUGAGUUGUUGACUUGAGUUGUGCAGCAUCACGCCAAACCACCGUCGUCUGUCCAGAGGGGAUUGGGAGGGGGGGGGGGGGGGGGGAAUCUGUGUCCAUCUGUCUGUUUCCAUGUGUCCCUUCAGAGGGAGGGCAAGAGAGUAAGGGGUGGGGGGGCGGGUGGGCCUCGGGGUUCGAAGGUCAAAGUGCCAGCAUUUUCUACACAGACGUCCAGCAUAGUUCUGUUGCAGGUUGUCUCCCUUUCUCACCUCUCAUCCUUGUGUAGCUUGAGGUCUCACUCCUUCCCCCUUUUCGACUUGCCAGCAUCAAAUCAACACCCCCCCCCCCCCCCCCCCCCCACUCAACCCCCCCUCUCAGCGACCCCCCGCGGCCCACUUCACGCCCCGACCCGAACCUGCGUUCUUCCCUCUCCGGCAAACUGUAAGGCAUAGAUUCAUGACGUGCCUGACUGGCCAGUGCGUUUCCGCAGCAACACAAUCAAGCACACACACACCGCUGCCGCAAACCCAAAGUAUUCCCAUUAGGAGCGUGUGUGUGUGUGUGUCUGGGCGAGGGAGAGGGAGCGAGGAAGGUCGUCCCGCUCUGGCCGUCCCGGAGCAGACGCCUCCAGAGCGGGCUGAAGCCUCGGCAGCAGGGACCCCCUUUCAGGCGUCUGUAGGUGGGGCUCCAAGACGGCUCCGUCCAAUGACGGAGCUCCUCGACAUCGCACAGGACAAACCAGCUCUUUUCCUCCUUUUCUUUUCAGGCGUUCCGUUUUGUUUUAGUUUUAAACUCAUUUUACAGUUAAUGUAGGCAUUAUGGUCGCCGUGGUUACUCUUCUGUUUCUCUGUAAAAGAUGUUUAUUAUAUGAAAUGUUAUUAUUAAAGGAGACUAGCUAUGUGUUGCGAGGAGGACAACGAUGUUCCUUGACUUAAUUCUGCACUUUGGGUUCAUGUUGUGUGCGUCUCUGUCUCCCGUCCCCCUCCUCCUCCCCGCCUCACCCUGCUUUACACCUGCCCCGCCCGUCCCCAGCUUCUCCGGCUCUGCGUCCUCCAUCCCUCCUCUCCCGCCGCGUCAGUGACAGUGUAUUGCAUUGUGGGUAGUUUUACCAGACAUUUCCUCCUUUCCUUGUACAGUGAUGCCAUGUAUAGAACGCUAUUACAGUUUCUCUAUCAAAACCA